AUGUGGACGCUGAGCCUACAGGAAGAGCCUCCUCAGAAACUGUCUUACCCAGAACACCAGCCCUCCCGAAAGGCUGAAGGUAAACCCCCAGUCAGGAGGCUGUGGAAUGUGGGAAGACAGCCAAAGGCAGAGGGCGUGUUCCUCUUUGUCACCCACCGGAGUCCUCGCGCCGCGCGUGGACGAGCCGCGGGCACCCGGCAGCGCGGUGGCACCCGCGCCAACAGCCACCUCCCCGGCCCGCGGUCGGCUUCAGGGGCCGAGAUUGCAGCCGGAGGUCCGGAAGCCGCGUCCGGCGCUGUCACCACGCCGGGUGGGAUAGGAGGAAGCGGGGGAAGGGCGCCGUGGGGCGGGGGAGACGAGAGGGGACGCGCGCGGAGCCCGCAGCCCGAGUCCGCGGAGGUGAGAGGAGGGUGCAAGGGGUGGCGCGGAGCCCGGAGGCCCCCGAGCUCCGGCUAUUGUUGCCGGGCUGCCCCGGGCCCGGAGGGCGACUCUCCCGCCUUAGCAGGGAAAGCCCGAUCCCACCCGCGGCCACGCAGCUACCUCCACCCGCGCCGGGGUCGGUCGGCUCCGGGCGCCCGACUCGCACAAGUUGCUGCCCGCCCGCCCGCCGCGGUCAUUGUUCGCCGCGCGCCUCCUACCUCCACGGCGCUGGCGGCUCCGGCUCCCACUCCCGGCCUCCGGGCUCCGCAGCUCCGAGCCCCCGGCGGCCGAGGGCGCGGCGGCUCCGGCUGCGCGUGCGGCGGGGACGCUGGGCUAUUAAUACCCGCGGGCGGCGGCGGCGGCGCGGACGCGCGAGCGGGGCUGGCAGUGGCCGGCCGAGGUCCGAGCCAUCAAAGGUGGCGCGGGGCGGAGGGGAGGGCGGAGCAGGCGGGGUGGGUGGGGAGCGGGCUCAGGGUCGCCAUGGCCGCCUCGACGCCGGGCCGCGCGCCACCCGCGCGGGGAGGAGCGGCGCUAAGCGGGCGGCGGCCGCGUCCCCGCCCCGCGCGCCAGCCGAGCGCCCGCAGCCCUUCGCCCGCGCCGGCCCCGCCGCCUCCAGGCCGGCGAGCGGGAAGUGAAGGAAGGCGAGCCCCUCCCCGGGCCUGCGCCGGCCCCUGCGCGGGGGGAGCCCGGGCGCCGCGCAGCCCGAGCCGCGGGGCCAGUGGGAGAGCCACAGCCCCCUCCAGCGUCCGCGCCCGCGACCUGCGCGCCGGCGCGCCCCGCCCCGCUCCGCCCCGGGGGCAGGUGCGCCGGGGGGCCGCCGGCCCGGAGCGCUCCUCCCCGGCCCGGCGAGCCCACCUCCGAUCCGCGCCUUACUUGGUCCUAAGGCCGGAGCCCGGCUCUGCGCUCUGCACCGCGGGGCCGAGCGCAGGAAGCGCCGGGGAGUGCGCUGCGCCACCGGGGACGCGCCGGUCCUGCCGUUGUGGUUGA